AAAAGACACACAAUAAGCCUCCAUUACUAAUCACAAUGAAUGUGAAUAACUCAACGUGGAAUAAGCAUUGUUUGUUAAAAGUACAAAAUAUGAGGGGAAGCCGUUGGCUUAUAAUGGAUGUGUGAACAACCAGCAUGAGGGGCAUCACAACCAUAAUGUAACCGCUCCUUCACAGUCCUGGAUGGCCAGAUCAGCUAUGUUUCGACAGGUGGUCCAGGUCCAGCCGGAGAACAAGGUUCAGGAUAAAGGUCAAUGGAGUACUGGCCUCUGUGAGUGCCAUAAAGACGUGGGAGACUGCUGCUUUGCCCUGUGCUGCCUCCCAGUGUUUACCUGUAAGGUGACCAGUGCAGUGGGCUCCUGUCCCUGCCUGCCCCUGCUGGACUGUAUCGGCUGCGUCCCGCCGGCCUCCCUCGCCAUGAGGGCGUCUGUCAGGGAACGAUACGGCAUACCGGGGAGUGUGUGGAGCGACUGCCUGUACGGAUGCUGCUGCUACACGCUUUCUUGGCUCCAGAUCUCCAGAGAGCUGAAGAGAAGAGCCGCAUCCCACGCCUCUUCCUCCUCUUCCUCUUCCUCUUUCUCUUCCUCGGCCAGAUACAGUGCUCUGACCUCCCUGCAGGGGGCGCACUUGGUCUAGACCAUGCAUGCAGCACUCCUGCAGCCUGCCCUCCAGUGUACAGGAGUUGAUUUAAUCACACUUCCUCUGAUCUGCAGCCACUCCCUUUUGCCUCAGAAAGUUCAGCAGGUCCAUAUCUGUCCCCCAGAAAGGGAAGUUCAGUUUUUCCUCAAAUUAAGUGAUAAGAAAAUGUCAUUAGAAUAUUAGACUCGGGGCUACUUUUGCAUAUAUUUUUUAGUAGCAGAAUGAGCAUAUUCUUUCAUGGUGGAAAUGAACUACAUGUUCUGUACUUUUAGUCUAUACUUCUACUCCCCUGAACAUUCAAUACGUUUAUAAAAAUAUUCAUUGUAUGAUCCAGUAAUUCCCAACCUUUUUUUUUUGCCUGUACCAUAUAAAGCAUUGUCUUGUUGGGGACAUUAUGUAAAUGAAUUGUCAGUA